AGCACCAUAGGCCAGACCAUGGAGUCUCCUAAUCACACAGACCUGGAUCCUUCCAUCUUCUUUCUCUUGGGCAUCCCAGGUCUGGAGCAAUUCCACCUGUGGCUCUCACUCCCUGUGUGCUGCCUGGGCACAGCUACAAUUGUGGGAAACAUCACCAUCCUGGUUGUUGUUUCCACUGAGCCAGCCCUGCACAAACCCCUGUACCUUUUCCUGUGCAUGCUCUCCACCAUCGAUUUGGCUGCCUCCUUCUCCACAGUUCCCAAGCUACUUGCCAUCCUUUGGUGUGGAGCUGGGCACAUUUCUGCCUCUGCCUGCCUGACACAGAUGUUCUUCAUUCAUGCCUUCUGCAUGAUGGAGUCCACAGUGCUGCUGGCCAUGGCCUUUGAUCGUUAUGUGGCCAUCUGCCACCCACUCCGCUAUUCCACCAUCCUCACUGACACCAUCAUUGCCCGCAUCGGGGUGCUCGCUAUGGUGCGAGGCUCUCUGCUCAUGCUCCCAUGUCCCUUCCUCAUUGGCCGUUUGAGCUUCUGCCGAAGCCAUGUGAUUCCACACACAUACUGUGAGCACAUGGCUGUGGUGAAGCUGGCCUGUGGAGACACAAGGCCUAAUCGUGUGUAUGGGCUGACUGCUGCGUUGUUGGUCAUUGGGGUUGACUUGUUCUGCAUUGGCCUCUCCUAUACUCUCAUUGUACAAGCUGUCCUUCGCCUCUCGUCCCAAGAAGCCCGAUCCAAGGCCCUAGGGACCUGUGGCUCCCAUGUCUGUGUCAUCCUCAUCUCUUACACCCCAGCCCUCUUCUCCUUUUUCACACACCGCUUUGGCCACCACGUCCCACUCCACAUUCAUAUUCUUUUGGCCAAUGUCUAUCUGCUUUUCCCACCUGCUCUUAAUCCAGUGGUCUAUGGAGUGAAGACCAAGGAGAUUCGUGAAAAGGUUGCCAAGGUAUUUCAAAGGGGACCAGGAACUGGGGUCAAGACGUCUAAGUGA